AAAAAAAUAGCCCCAAUUAUUUGAGGCAAUGAAUUUUGUCAGUGGAAAUUUCUUUAAAGUGCAAUACUCUUUUAUUCAUAAGUGGUAAUAUAUUUUGUCUUUGCCUUUAAAAUAAAACACUGAAUUUCUCCUAUUUUUUGUCAUGACUCCUGUUUGACAAAAAAUAAAAUCCAUUCUCAGUAUAACAUACUGUACUACUCAAGACAGUAUUUUAUCUGAUGAUUACCUAUAAAUUUUCUGCCUGAACUUUUUUUUAUGAAAUGAGACUUUAUCCAUUGUAUUGCUAAAAUAGAAAUGCAACUGUGUAUAUAAGAGUAUCUGUAAGAUUUCCUGCUUAAAUAUUAUCCUAGGGCAAUUUUCCCUUUGAGUAAUAGAGAUAAAAUAUGCUUCCUGUCUUGAAGUAUUUGAUUCCACUCUUUGUUUCCUUUACUCGGCUUGUUGACUGAAUGAGUGCAUGCAGCCUAGUGAACAUCUCACUGUGACAAGAGGCAAUACGUGGGGGAUUUCCUGACACUUCUAUAGAUUGUUUGUCAAUGUUGUGUUGCCUUUGAUGAAGGAAACCCGUGAUACAUAUCGCCAGAGCCUCAAUUGAGUCAUUCGACCAACGCAAUGCCAUUGUCAGACUGCCAGUUUAGCAGAUCUGAUAGUUCGUCGGGGAGUUCCGUCCACUUAAGCUGCAGCUUCUAAAAAACAAAGAUUGAGAGUAACCGAGGCUCCUUAUGCUUUGCGGUAAGGCAUGAGCUGAAAGUUGGACGUGAGUCAACUUCUUAUGUCAGAAUGCCAAUUACUCUCCAGUCCCCAGACUUACUUUUCCCUUGUCUUGUUAUCAAAUUCAUUACUCUUCGAAUCAUUUAGCUGCAAAUUAGACAAGAUUAGAGCACAGACAGUUGCUUUUACUGCUUGAUCAUAAUCCUCCGCAGCAUACCGCUAGAUCGACGUGCCCUCGUAGCGAAGGAGGGUGAAUAUUACGUCAAUCGGAUCCCUUUCACUGAGUGAUAAUUAGUGGGGCCUACGAAACUCGGCUCGUAGUUCCGUUGUUGUGACAGUCUCCUCUUAAUACACCUCUGACUUGUUUUGGAAACUCUGUGACACCUGGGUCAUACCUCAAGAAGGAAGCAACAAAUUUGUUUUGAUUUGUCAACAAGUCGUGGAGAUACAAAUCGGUUUGAUCGGGAUUGCCGACAGUUAUAAUUGAUCUGCCAGUCUGUGGAGUAGGAACCUUGUUGAGGAUAUCUAUUAGGAAGUGUUGAAGGCUACAAAAAAAGGAGAAAUCAUGCCGACCGCUACAAGGAGUUUCAAAGGAUUAUUUCACCGAAAACGGGAGAGUGAUUUGGGCCAUCCAGAUGUGUCGUCCACUGGGGGCGACAGCCAAGGGUCGCAGCAGCUUUCGUCGUCAGCCAAUGACCUCCACCCGGUGUCGUACGCAGGCAAUCUGCAUGAUCUCCCGGAGAGACCCAGUGCAUUCAAUCGAGUUCUUCAACAAAUUAAAACCAGGCCAACUACUAUGAAAAAACCUCAACCAGAGGGUAAGGCAGAGAGCAAGAAGGGUGCGGCAUCCAGGACCAAAUCGGAUGGGAGCGACAACGAGGGCAGCAUGCCUUCUUUCUCCGUUUCCUCUAGCAACAAGGAGGAGGCCAAGCCCUCCAACAAGAGACAGUCCACAUCGAGGAAGGACGAAGAUGUCAGGAGUGCGCUAGAUGAUUCAGAGUCAGUCAUGUUGGGCAGGGAGCUGGAGACACAGCUCAGCACCACGCCCAACUAUGGAUCGGACAUGGACGAGGUGGAUAGCAGCUCUACACCGGACCCGCAGAGAACCAAAGCCCUCAUUGAACACUAUCUCACCAAGAUAGAGAGGACAAAGGAACUUAUCAAGGCUGAACAGAAAGCUAAAGAUGAUAAUGUGACGGAGUACCUGGCGUUAGCGGAGCAUGCCGACAAGCAGCAAAUUUCCAGAAUCAAGACUGUCUUUGAGAAAAAGAACACUCGAUCAAACACGAACAUUUCAAACUUACAAAAGAAGCUGGAGAACUACCAGAGGAGAUUAUUUGACUUGGUGAAUUACGGUGCAUCUGGACCAAGGAAACCCAAAGAAGUCUUACAGGGGAUGCAUCAAGGUCUAAAGGGCGUUCGAGACAAUAUACGAGAAGGAAUAACAGGGUUCUCAGGUGGGGUGGCAGAUAAGAUAGGCGAGCAUUUGUUGGGUCUAUCGGAGCUCACUCACACCGCAGCAAGUGCAAUGGUGGCCAAACCAAAGGAGUUUGCCAGUAAAUUCAAGAACAAAUUCGGGAGUGCAGAUAACCUUGAUAGUAUCAAUGAUGAUGAAGAUCAAAUCUCGAUAAAUAAUAAAUCCAAGAGUAGCUGGUUUGCACCAACGCCUGUAGAUGCAUUAAGACCCAGGUCGGCCAGCGAUGGGGAGGAGACGUACAGCCUGACCUCGGGAUCGGGACCCAACAACAACGGGCAUCCGUUGCUAGGCGACGACGAUGUUGAGCAUCCACUGGCAGGAGCUGUUAACAAACUCCAAAGAACCGUCCAUGAGUUAACAGCCUCACAGUCCAGACUUCAACUCAAUAUAGAGGAAUUGCAGAAUCAAUUACAGCACCAACUACAGUACUUCAACCAGUCUCUUCAGGAGGAGAGAUACCGCUCAGAGAGACUAGAGGAGCAGCUAACGGAUCUGACCGACCUCCACACGCAUGCCAUGAGCAACCUACAGCAGGAGCUAAGCUCCGUUCAGGAGAGGUUGGAGUAUCGCAUGGAGGAGAGGAGCAGAGAUUAUAUCGACUCAGUGGAGCAGUGCCAAACAAGGAUAUCCAAAAUUGAGUUGGCCCAACAGCAUCAGCAGGUGAUCACGUUAGAAGGUUACGAGCACGCUAACGCGAGGGCGCUACUCUCUAAAUUCAUCAACGUGAUCCUGCUCAUACUAGCCGUCAUUCUUGUCAUCUUGUCCAACGCUGUCAAUCUAGUCUCUCCAUUAGUGCAAACCAAAUCUCGUCUCUUAGUCACAAUAUUUAUGUGUGCCAGUCUCUUCUAUCUCUGGCAGCAGAGGGAAAUGAUCGACGGUGCGCGGCGGAACUUUUCGCAAAACUACAUUCAUUAUCUGCCCUUUCAGACUCGGUGACACACAAUCAUUCCAUCCCAGCUGCCACAUCGUUCUUAAUGUAUGGGAAUGAUAGACAAAAUUAUUGCUCUUUCCCAUACACAGUGUUGCUCUUGUGGGACUGAGCCAAAUGAGACUAUUUCCCUCUGUGUUGAUGAAUACGUGGGACUGAAAAGAGAGGAUCACGAAAAAUGUAUUCCGGGCUGAGUGACAGGACCUGAAAUGAAGCAGGAAAAGGAUGCGAGGUUCCAGUUCUAUGGAGACCAAAGAAAGGAUAUGUUGUUUCCUUAUCCAGAUGAGAAGGCUCUAUUAAAGGCCCAUCUUCACAAUUAUUUAUGGAUGGGACCAUUGGCAUUAUAGAUAUUGAAUUGAAAAGGUUUUAUCAACAUCAUCGUUGCGGCCACUUGCCGAAUCAAGACAAUUCUACUACUAGUAUUACCUGCAUUACAACGGAUAUUCAACAAACUCACCGCCGAAGCUUCUCAUUAUCAAUGAUGGUGUUCAGCUGAUUGUUGCCAUCAGCUAAAUUGUUCAUGGAACUCAUCGAUAUGAGUGUAUCACAGUACCUUGUCUUUGUGAGUGAGUGGGACUACAGCAUUGCAGCACACUCGUAACUUCCAUCGUUAUCAAGUACUGGAUCCGUCAGUUUUCUCUGAGACAGUGCAUCUUCAUAUCUCCUGCAAGUGUUGUUACUUUGUUUUGGGUCGCUACUCCGUAUUUGCUCCUGCUGAAUAUAUAGAUAUUGAUACUUCAUGCAUCCUUAAAGGAAGUGUCACCUACAUGUUUUUGUGGACUCCCAAAAGUGAUUGUUGCAAAAAUAUUGUCAAACCCUACUUGGAAGACAUUGCAUCCCCAAGACAUACUUACCACACAAUUUUUUUCCAUUAUAGUCCUUCAGACACGCUCACAUCAGGAAAGGCACUGCUGCAUAUUCAUAUUUGCCCCAGUAGAGCCAAGGUGUACACUCCACAUGUUUCGUCUUGGCCCCUGACUCUUUAUCUUAAAUUUUAAUUAUGUUGUGGCCUUGUCUCCUUACGAAGUAAGCUAAAUAUUAAGAUAAACCAGGCUUGUAGGUUUCAUGAAGUACAGAAUAUGACACAUUUGAGAUACAGUUGGGCAUGCUCUUGAAAUUUGUUAACCACUAGAGUAUAAAAGAAAUCAUUCUCACGUCCUCUAAUAAAAGUUGGUGAUCUAUUUUCUGGUUGAUGCUACCUGUAAGUCAAGUAAAGACAAUCUUCACAACUGUGAAACAACUUCUACUGCUCUGUUACAAAGCUUUUAUUAUUUGUUCAGCCUCCUGUAAAAACAUACCCAAUUACUACCCAAGGAACAUGAAACUAUGGUUAAGGGCAUACUGUAUGUCAAUUAAACCCAGAAAUGAAACCUAGCUAUUGGAAGAGGAAAAGAAGUUUGAUAAUGAGAAGUGCAAUAUGUAUAGAAUUA